UGGGAUAUCGAGUGGCUCUCGGCUGCUUCUCUCUUUCCUCACAUGAGGCAGUGGUGACAAAUUCCACCAUGUGGUGUGAAGUAGUGUCCCUUCUCCGCUCCCUGGGAAGCUCUCUGGUGUCCUACUUUGAUGCUAAGAAGAAAAGAAAAGUGGCAGAGAUUUACCAGGCUCUGAACAGCGACCCCAUCAACGUGGCAAAGCUGAGGCGGAUGGCGAUCAGCGAGGGCGGGCUGCUCACCGACGAGAUCCGGCGCAAAGUGUGGCCAAAGCUGCUCAGUGUUAACACAGAUGACCUGCCCCCUCUUCCAGCCAGGAAGGAGCUGCGAGAGGACAACAAGGAUUACCAGCAGGUGCUACUGGAUGUGCGGCGAUCCCUGCGCCGCUUCCCGCCAGGGAUGCCAGAUGACCAGAGGGAAGGAUUGCAGGAGGAGCUCAUCGAUAUCAUCCUGCACGUCCUGCAGCGCAACCCCCAGCUGCACUACUACCAGGGCUACCAUGACAUCGUGGUCACCUUCCUGCUGGUGGUGGGGGACAGGCUGGCCACAGCACUGGUGGAGAAGCUCUCAACACAUCAUCUCAGGGAUUUUAUGGACUCAACAAUGGAUAAUACCAAGCACAUUUUAAAUUACCUGAUGCCCAUCAUAGACCAGGUGAACCCUGAGGUGCAUGACUUCAUGCAGAGUGCGGAGGUGGGAACCAUCUUUGCUCUCAGCUGGCUGAUCACCUGGUUUGGCCACGUUUUGUCUGACUUCAGGCACGUUGUGCGAUUAUAUGACUUCUUCCUGGCCUGCCACCCACUGAUGCCCAUUUAUUUUGCAGCUGUGAUCGUGCUGCACCGGGAGCAGGAAGUCCUGGACUGUGAGUGUGACAUGGCCUCUGUGCACCACCUCCUGUCCCAGAUCCCACAGGACCUUCCCUACGAGUCCCUGAUCAGCAAAGCCGGGGACCUUUUUGUCCAGUUCCCACCAUCCGAGCUGGCCAAGGAGGCAGCUCAGGCAGCUCAGGCGGAACGAACUGCAGCUUCCACUUUUAAGGACUUUGAGUUGGCGUCAGUGCAGCAGAGACCAGACACUGUGUUGAGGCAACGCUUCAGAGAGCGGCUCCGAGGGGAGGAGCGGCUCCGGGGCGAGGAGAGGACAAAAUCCUUCUUGACAAAGCCCCGGACCAACCGCUUUGUCAAGCUGGCAGUGAUGGGGCUGACGGUGGCCCUGGGAGCAGCUGCCCUGGCCAUGGUGAAGAGUGCACUGGAGUGGGCACCCAAGUUUCAGCUGCAGAUUUUCCCCUGAAGCCGGAGGAAGGGCCUCUGCUGUCACUGCAUCCACCCCCAACAGGAAGGGCUGAUGUGUGAUGAAGGACGUGCCCAGAAACGACCUGUCUGAAGAUUAUUUUUUAUUCUUACUGCGUCCAGUAACGCUUUUGGCCUUUGUGACAGAGGCUGAGGGAACCAGCCCAGCAGGACGGUUCCCCGCACCAUGCUCACCUUGUUCCCCUUUCCCUGUGCAAGGGUGAGCAGACAGGCACUCCUGCUGUCUCCUGAGGAACCAGAGGUAUGGACAAGUUUGGCUGUUCAGGCUGUGCUCAGGUGACUGUACAGAGGGAGAGCUGUGUGUGGGCUGUGCCCAAAUGAUCCUGUGUACUCCACUGGGCAAAAAUAGUGGGAGUGAGAGCAGAUCUUUGCCUGGAGGAGUGUCCAACAGGGUUUGUUCUGGGUGCUUGCGUGUGUGAGGGUAGAGGGCACUGCACUCCUGAGGAACAGGGCAGCCCUUUGGCUCUUCAUUGCUCCAGUGUGCCCCACGAUCUGCCUUCAGCUUUGCCGGUGCUCCAGCUCUUCCCUGUCCUCUGAGCACCCUCUGAGCAGAGCCAAACCUUUCCCACACCCUGGCCAGCACAAUGCUCUCAGCUUCUCUUCAGUGUGUAACACUCCCUGGCUCUUUUUGCUCCCACAUUUUUGCAGCCUGAUCUGUUUGUAGGGGCCAGGAGCAGACCUUAGUUCCCCCCAGCUCUCAGGCACUGCCACUGCUGUGCUGGCAGUGCUGUGACCAUAUCUGGGGUCAGUGAAGUGAGCACGAGUGUGGUCACCCUGCCAAAGGUGUGCACUGUCAUGUGCCAGGUUAUGCUACCACAAGCCUUAGUGGCACUGUAAACACCCUUUGCAGACUUCUUUAAUAGCUCUGGAAGUGGACAUUACCGUGCCCAUGGGGAGAAAGGCUUUCUCCACCUUGUGAAACACUUUACACAGGAUAGAAGUUGUUGCACUAGGAAAUGUGACAAAAACCUCCCCCACGAGCUGAUCAGGCUUCAGCAUGACCUCUGGAAAUAACAUGAGGGGUUUCCCAGAAAGGGCACCCUGACCCCUGCAUAGCUCCCAUCUCCCCGCCAGUUCCAUUGGCAGUCCCAGUGCUCCCUGCCCUCCAAGCUAAGCAGCAAAUCCUUCUAGACACCUGAGUGUCCCACUGAGACAGAGCCAAUAGACACUCUAUGCCUCUACCUCUCCCCCAAGCUGCUAAAUCUCCCUCAAGUGUCCUUACCUGUCCCUCACAGCUCCCUCCCGCUGCCCCAUCAUUGCUCUGUUGUGCCCAAAGCCAUCUGUGCCAUGCCCAGGGGCUGCACACCUGAAAAGGAGGUGUUGGUGGAAGGGAUUUUGGGAUAGAGAAGAAAACUCAUGCCCUGCAAAGCUCAGCACCCCCCACUCCCACCCAUCUUGGUCCAUAACCGCCCUGGGUGUGUUCUGGUUUGCCCCCAGGCCCUUGCUCAUGGAAGGGAUGUGCCUUUCUGGCCAGAGGGCAGGUGGGCAGUUUUCAUUCCUGACAUGUGUUCCCAGGAAGCUCUGAGCAGGAGCUCCCUUUGCCUCUGCAGGUGAAAUGUGCAGUGACUGAAACUGCCUCGUCCAGGCAGGCAGCAAGACCUGUUCCCUCCUCUCCUCAGUGGUGCCAGUGGCCUUGGAGAGACCUGGGGCUGCUCAGGGGCUCCUCCCAGUGUGGCUGAAGGCAGAGCCCAUUCCUGGCCCCUUGGCAUCCCCAGAGCAGCAGAACAGGACUGGGGGCUGGGCCACUUAGCACUUUAGAAACCAUUGGUGCAGGAGAAUGUGGUGACCUGGGAAUGCUGCUGGAGGGCCCAGAACUGCUCUGUACACUACACUGAAGGAUGGGAUGGCUGGAGCCCCCCAGAGGAGCCCCUUCAUUCCCUGGCCAUGAUGCACUUUAGUUCUUGUGUUGUCCCCAGUGGGGGGAGAGAGGCCUGGGAGGAGACCAGGGUGCUUCAGUUACUCUGUACAAAGACUUAUACACCCCCUGUAAAUGCAGAUUUCUACAAGCCCUAAAACUGUAAAAUAAACAGUUACUAAACACA